GCAAGGGAGGAAAAAACAGAAGGAGAGGAAAAAAUGACAACGAAGGGGAGAAGCGGGAACUGCUGUACAAGGAAGAAGACCAAGAAUAUGCACAAGUGUUAAGGAUGUUGGGGAAUGGCCGAUUGGAGGCCCACUGCUUUGAUGGGGUGAAGCGACUGUGUCAUAUUAGGGGGAAAAUGAGAAAGAGGGUUUGGAUCAACUCUGGUGACAUCAUUUUAGUAUCCCUGCGGGACUACCAAGACAGCAAGGCGGAUGUCAUUGCGAAAUACACACCUGACGAGGCAAGGAGCCUGAAAACGCACGGAGAAUUGCCCGAAACGGCCAAAAUCAACGAAACGGACAUUUUCGAUGACGACGGACAGAACGGAGUCGAAUUUUUGGACGAUGAAUCUGACGAGGAGGCCCAAGAAGAAAUGAACAACGCGAGGAAAUUGGAAAUAGAAGAC